UUUCACUCUGAGGCACAGUUCCAGCAUUCCACUGUCCCAUACCAUUAGCAAUUGGGUUAGCAUCAAUCGGAAUCUAUGGAGUCCAAGGAAUCUCAGUUCGCUCUGCCGGUGGAUUCCGAACACAAGGCCACCGUGUUCCACCCAUUUUCGCUGGCUGCGCCUCACAUGCGAGCCUUCCACCUUGCCUGGCUCUCUCUAUUCGCCACCUUCUUCUCCACCUUCGCCAUUCCUCCUCUUCUCCCGAUAAUUCGUGAAGAUCUUAAGCUCACGGAUACUGACAUAGGGAAUGCUGGAAUAGCUUCCUUUAUGGGUUCUAUCUUUUCUCGUUUAGCGAUGGGUACGGCGUGUGAUGUUUUCGGUCCGCGAAUAGCAUGCGCGACGCUGUCUCUUCUCACUGUGCCUAUUGUUUUCUCAGCCUGCUUCAUUUCCACUCCUCAAUCCUUCAUCGUUCUCCGCUUCCUCAUAGGUUUUUCUCUGGCGAACUUCAUCUCCAACCAGUUCUGGAUGAGUUCUAUGUUUUCAGGCUGCGUGGUGGGGCUCGCCAACGGCGUGGCCGCCGGCUGGGCAAACGUGGGGGCGGGCGCAACCCAGCUCAUUAUGCCUCUGAUCUUCGCUUUCAUCACCUCCUUUAACGUUCCUGCUUUCACUGCAUGGCGUAUCGCGUUCGUCGUCCCUGCUUUGUUCCAAGCGGUGACUGCGCUCAUGGUGUUGUUCUACGGCCAGGACCUCCCCGACGGGAACUACAAACGCCGCCAGCGCUCCAGCACCAAGCCCAGAGAGAGCGUAUUCAAAGUCCUUCUUCACGGCCUAUCGAACUACAGAGGGUGGGUGCUGGGGUUAACAUAUGGGUACUGUUUUGGAGUGGAACUCACGGUCGACAACAUCAUAGCACAGUACUUCUACGACAGAUUUAAUCUGAAUAUGGAAACAGCCGGAGCCAUCGCCGCCAGCUUUGGAGUGGUGAACUUCUUUUCAAGGCCCGCCGGAGGGGUGAUUUCGGACGAGAUGGGGCGGAGGUUUGGGAUAAGGGGGAGGCUGUGGAGCUUGUGGAUAGUGCAGACGGUGGCUGGGUUGCUGUGUAUUCUACUCGGACGAGUCAACACGCUGGGGGCCUCGAUAUUGGUGAUUUGUGCCUUCUCAGUGUUCGUCCAAGCGGCUUCUGGGCUCACCUUUGGUGUGGUUCCCUUCGUUUCCAAAAGGUCAUUGGGAGUGAUAUCAGGGAUGACAGGGAGUGGUGGGACGGUGGGCGCAGUGGUGACCCAGCUGCUGUUGUUUUCAGGCUCAAAGUAUUCCAAGGAAACAAGCAUUUCUCUAAUGGGCGUUAUGAUGGUUGUCUGUAGCAUUCCCAUUACUUUCAUCUACUUCCCUCAAUGGGGUGGCAUGUUCUGUGGACCUUCUUAUGAUUCAGACUGGGUCGAUGAAGAGUAUCGCCUAAUUGAAUAAGGAUACGUAUUAACUAGUUGGUGCUUCCAUUAAACUGAGUCUGAAGCUCCAUUCAAUAAGCAGCUAGAGAAUGGUUUACCAAAAAUAACUUCUGCAAGGGCGAAGAGGGAAGUAACUCCUUUUUGGGUGGAUAAAAUAGGAUCAAAGAAAGGGUUUAACACUAUGGAAACUAGCAUUUAAUUCAUCAGCUUUCUUGGUUCAUCAUGUUCUUUAUUGUAAGAGAAGAUUCAAUUGUACUGAAAUGAAGGAUGUUUUUGUAAAGAACAACUAAUAAAUGAUUUUUUUUUUUUCCCAA